AUGGUCUCGCCACUCGCUCGUUAUAUCUCACUUUCUCUGCUGCUCUCUUCAGCGCUCUCAUUCACGCCAUGUCCACUACUAGGGCCUGCAUAUCCUCCUUUCAUCCUAAACACAAAUGAUAUGAUAGUCGGGAGUGCACUCGAAAAUCUCACUGCAAAAUUUGACCAGCUCAUUGAGACGGGUACUGGCCCUAACGGGGACGCCUCACCGAACACUACCUUCAGUAUUGCAUUGUUCUCGGCUAACAAGGGCACCACUGAGAACGAACCAUUCUUCUGGGAGUACCAUCAUACAGCUCCAGUUUUGAAAAAGACAAACCAUCUCUCUCGCAAUGUCACUAAGGACAGCAUCUAUCGCAUCGGGGGACUUACUGAACUUUUCACUGUGUGGAGUCUCCUUUUGGUGGAGGGCGAUCAAAUCUUCAACGACCCGGUUAUCAAAUAUCUGCCUGAACUUGCAAAUACCUCACAGGGACAGCGAGACGCUAUAGACCAGGUCCAAUGGCCGGAUGUCACCGUCGGCCAGCUCGCAAGCCAUAUGAGUGGUAUUGCCCGAGACUAUUGUUUCAGCGAUUUGGCCUCCCAGGAUAAUAUCGUUAGGGCAGGCUUGCCGGCAUACCAGGAUGGUCAACUACCGUGCUGUGCCGAAGGACCACGAUGCAGCUCCAGUGAAUUCAUUCAGCACCUGGCUACCAGGGUGCCUGUAGCUCCUGCUGGUGUGACCCCAAGUUAUUCAAACAUGGCAUUCCAGCUUCUGGGAUACAUUAUCGAGGAGCGUGCUAGAAUGUCCUUCGCAGAAGUCGUUCAACAACGGAUCCUUAACCCUUUGGGAAUGAAUGAAACCACUGUCUUCGCCCCCGGCGACUCGAAUAUGGGCGUGAUUCCGGUGAAUGAGACAGUCAGUGCAUGGUCGGCUCGAACAACGGGAUCCGAAGCAUCGAUAUCCAUGUUCUCAAGCAUCAAAGACCUUGCAAUCGCCGGAAAAGCUAUUCUCAAUUCAACUCUUCUCUCUUCGGCCCAAACGCAUCGCUGGCUAAAGCCUGUUUCGCACACCUCCAACCCCGCUAACUCUCUUGGCGCGCCGUGGAUUAUCUACAGCGACGGCGACUACCCUAAGACCUCUAUGAUUGAUGUGUAUAGCAUACUCAGCAAUGAAGGGAGCAACGAGGGCCUUUACAGCUCGUAUCUUGGCUUGGUCCCAGACUACGGCGUUGGCUAUGUGAUUCUUUCCGCUGAUACUGUCAGUCCUGCGGAUCUGAAUGCCCACGCAGACUACAUGGAAGUUGUGCUUGAAGGUAUAAUAAAGUCAUCCUUGAAACAGGCUGCGCAAAACUUUGGUGGUGCAUAUGCGGCUUCUAACUUGAACUCGUCCAUCGCCGUCGAGUAUGACGAACUUCCGGGUUUAUUUAUCGAUAGCUUUAUCAGCAACGGCACUGACUUCCAUGAGACAUUGGCAAGCCUCAGUGGUGUUAGUGAUGCGACGGAUCUGAGCAUUCGUCUGUAUCCGACCCAGCUUAUUCAACAGAAAGGGUCUGGAUCCAAACAGGUGUUCAGAGCCGUUUUCCAAGACAAGACUGAGCUUGCAGAUGCCGAGACAGCAACCUGUGUUUCGUGGAUGAAUAUCGACAGGUUACAGUAUGCUGGACGUGGGCUGGAUGAAUUUGUUUUCACUCUGAAUUCCGAGGGCAAGGUUCUUAGUGUCGAGAUCCCGGCGUUGGAUGUCAUACUUGAGCGGAAGACCUGA